AUGCAGAUCCACUUCCCCAGGCUGCCCCACGGGGGCUCUACCCUUGGGGCCCAGGCCUGCUGCCCACCUCCCCCGGGGCCCAGCUCCGGUCGAGGCAGCCUCUUGGGGCCACCACAGGCCAUCGGGGGCCAGGCCUUGGUCCUCAUCCGGGUGGGAAAUGGCACCUGUGGCCUUCCAGCCACGGGCUUCCCCCCCCCCCACGUGAAGAACCUGUACCCCUCGCCUGUGGCGCCUCCAGGAGGCUUGGAGAAGCGUGUCAGGCUGGGCGGGCACCAGCAGCGGUGGCCUGGCACCUGGGCUGUCGGCCUCCGCCUGGUGGCCCAGAGUGCCAGCUCCCCGGUCCCCGUGCAGGACUUCUUACAGGUUGUGGGGAAGGAAGCCCAUUGCCGCCCGACCGCCCCCAACAUCCCCGAACACUCACCCUGCACCCGGGACGGACUUCACUGGGGCCUGAAACCCAAACACAGUUCCCAGGAGCCAGUGCUGCCCGAGGAGGCCAAGGCCGGCCCUCUGGUACCACCCGUGGCUGGGUCUCAGGCUUUGGUCAAAUUCAAAUUCUGCUGUGAGGUGGAGCAGUGGGAUUCGGAUGAGCCCAUUCCCGACAGGGAGCUAGAGCGAGGCGUGGCUGGGGCCCAUGGCCUGCUUUGCCUUCUCUCUGACCGCAUAGACAAGCGGCUUCUGGACGCAGCAGGAGCCAACCUCAGGGUCAUCAGCACGCUGUCCGUGGGCGUCGACCACUUGGCUCUGGAUGAAAUCAAGAAGCGUGGCAUCCGCGUCGGCUAUACCCCGGACGUCCUGACAGACGCCACUGCCGAACUCGCCGUCUCCCUGCUGCUCACCACCUGUCGCAGGCUACCAGAGGCCAUCGCAGAAGUGAAGAACGGCGGCUGGACGUCAUGGAAGCCCCUCUGGAUGUGUGGUCACGGCCUCUCCCAGAGCACCGUGGGCAUCAUCGGGCUGGGCCGCAUUGGCCAGGCUGUCGCUCGGCGUCUGAAACCAUUCGGCGUCCAGAGGUUUCUCUACACGGGACGGCAGCCCAGGCCCCAGGAGGCGGAGGAAUUCCACGCAGAGUUUGUGUCUGCCCCCAAGCUGGCCGCCGAGUCUGAUUUUGUCGUGGUGUCCUGCUCCCUGACGCCUGCGACCAAGGAGCUCUGCAACAAGGACUUCUUCCAGGCGAUGAAGAAAACGGCUGUGUUUGUCAACAUCAGCAGGGGAGACGUGGUAAACCAGGACCACCUAUACCAGGCCUUGGCCAGCGGUCAGAUUGCAGCUGCUGGACUAGAUGUGACCACCCCAGAACCACUACCUCCAGACCACCCUCUCUUGACGCUGAAGAACUGUGUGAUCCUGCCCCACAUUGGCAGUGCCACCCACAGAACCCGCAACACCAUGUCCUUGUUGGCAGCUAACAACUUGCUGGCCGGCCUGAGAGGGGAGCCGAUGCCAAGCGAGCUCACGCUGUGA